CGGAGAGUGCGGGACGGGAGCGCGGACACUGAGAGCGGGAGGGCAGGAAGACGACGUUCCCUGGUGUGGGGCUGAAGGCAGCGGGAUGACAGCCAUCCUGGAGCGGCUCAGCACGCUGUCCCUCAGCGGGCAGCACCUCAGCCGGCUGCCCCGGCUGCUGGAGGAUGGCUUCCCCAAGAUGCCCUGCACGGUGAAGGAGUGCGAGGUGCCGCAGCUCUUCCGUGAGCCCUACAUCCACAGCGGGUACCGCCCCACCGGCCAGGACUGGCGCUACUACUUCCUCAGCCUCUUCCAGAAGCACAACGAGGUGGUCAACGUGUGGACUCAUCUCCUGGCUGCGCUGGCCGUGCUGCUGAGGUUCAAGACGUUUGUGGAGGCCGAGCAGUUGCCUGUGGAUGUGUGGUCCUUGCCGUUGCUCAUCUUUGUCCUCUCCUCUGUCACCUACCUGACCUGCAGCCUCUUGGCGCACCUGCUGCAGUCCAAGUCGGAGCUGUACCACUACACCUUCUACUUCAUGGACUAUGUUGGAGUCAGCAUCUACCAGUAUGGCAGUGCCCUGGCUCAUUUCUACUACAGCUCUGACCAAGCCUGGUACGACAAGUUCUGGCUUUUCUUCCUGCCAGCAGCAGCUUUCUGUGGCUGGUUGUCCUGUGCCGGCUGCUGCUAUGCCAAAUACCGGUACCGACGGCCUUACCCCAUCAUGAGGAAGAUGUGCCAGGUGAUCCCAGCAGGGCUGGCUUUCAUCCUGGAUAUCAGUCCCGUGGCUCACCGGGUGGUCGUGUGUCACCUGGGGGGCUGUCAGGAAGAUGCUGCUUGGUACCACACGUACCAGAUACUGUUUUUCCUUGUCAGUGCUUAUUUCUUUUCCUGCCCCGUCCCUGAGAAAUACUUCCCUGGCUCCUGUGAUAUUGUUGGCCACGCCCACCAGAUCUUCCACACCUUCCUGGCCAUCUGCACCCUGUCGCAGCUGGAGGCCAUUCUUUUGGAUUACAAGAACAGGCAGGAGAUUUUCCUGAAGAGACAUGGGCCUUUCACGGUUUAUCUGUCCUGCAUCUCUUUUUUCGGCUUGGUGGCCUGUAGUGCCAUCACAGCUUACAUCCUGCAACGCAGGAUCAAGGCCAGCCUGGCUAAAAAGGACUCCUGAGAGUCAUGGACGUGACAGGCAUGACAUCACCAGAGAAAAUCAAGAAAAGGGGGCAUAACAUACUAGAGACAUGACUGUCUUACUUGCCUAACAUGCCAUGACUAACCAGGACCUCGGACUCAGAUGGAAGGCUGGACACUUCAUGCUGGAUGCAUUUUCACAGCAGGAAUUGCCUUUUGCCAUCCGGGUGGGGGGGGGGACAUGGAGUGUUUUAAGCCAGAACAAGUCACUGAACCAAGGAUGCUGGAAUAGGCAGAGGUUCCUUGUUCAUUCUGGUAGAGCUGCGGGUGAGACCUUACUGAAGGUCAGGGAGGGCAGCCUGGAGGCUGGGGGGCUAUAGAAGGGUGUGCCAGGGCUCACAACACCAUGAGGACCACAGCUGGAUGUGAUGACCUCUCUGGGUUUUGCUAUAUCUACAUGAGAACUGUUCCUAUCAAAGGCACUAGGAAGGUUUUGGGAAGUCUGUGUUUCUAGGGUUUGGAUGUGAGGGCAUGUGUGGCACAGUGGCUGCUAGAAUCCUUUUCCUGUUCCAGCCAGGUUCUGUCUGCACUCCCCUUGUCAAGUGUGUCAAUGCCAGGUCACUUAGAUGGCUUUGGGAAAACAUCUUUGGAGAUCCAGGCUUGACCUGGGGUCCUCUGGGACAAACUGGGUCUGUGUCACCUGUCUAGGGAGUCUGACCAACCUCUAGCAACAUCCAUGAAAUAUGGAAUUACUUGGAUGUGACCUGUUUGAUACAGGAAAGGCUCUGCUCCUCCAACACCACCACUGUGAUCACAGCCAAAAGGGUGUGAAGGUGAAGGAGUCUUUAUUCCCCUCUUGAUGAGCAUCCUUGGUGAGCAUUGUGGGAAAGCUGACCUUGAAGCUGCAGGGUUGCUGUUCUGUGACCAGUGAGGUUGUGACUGGCAUGUUUUUAUCAGUACUAGAUGAAGGUGGAACAGCAAAAGGCCAGGAGCAGGGUGACAGCAUCAGGGUCCUGCACCUCAGCAUGGGUUUGUCCUUGGUGAUUCCUGUGUGGAGUAGAAAGGAUAGUGAUCAGGGUCACUUAGUGUCCACUGGUCACUCCUAUCCAAGGUAACAAAGGCUGGAUUACUGUGUCCCUCACUAGAAGAAUCUAUUCUGUGCUUGCCUUGGGGGAAUAUUGAACAUGGAACCACCAAGGAGGUUUAAAUCUUUGCUGAAACCAAGGAAUCCAUGGGAUCUAUCUCAGCCACAGAUUUGUCUCACUGAACCCAAGGGCAGGCAAAUGAAUUGUGAUUGCUGGUUCUGAGCAGGCAGAAUGUAGGGUUGGGGGGAUAUGGUUGGUGAGGACAAGCACUGAUUUCUACACUUCAUCUGUGUUCUAGCUCUUGAGGUAUGCAUGUUCCAUGUGUGUGCAUGGGAUUUGUUAUCCGGAAAGGCUUUGCCUUGGGAUUUUAUAUCUGCAGAGCCUCCUGGUUGGGUUAAGAUUAACCUGAAGGAAACAGUGCUGUCCUGCUGGAGGAGCAAGGUGGGCCAGAUUUGUUAAUGGGUGAUGGAAAACCUGUAAAUAGGUACUUUGCUGGUCCUGUGUUUAGUAGGUAAAUUUGGAACUCAUGGCCCUAUAGAAAAUUAAAUACAAAGGGAGAGGAAAGUAAGUUUGGAGUAUAGGAGAAGAAAUCAUAGGAAAGCCUUCAGGAGGUCAUCAAGUCCACCCUUUCUCAUCAGUCCUGGCCUCAGAGCUUAGAAAUUAAUUACUUAAUUUCAUAGGGUGUUUUUGAUGGUACAGAUGGUACAGCCAUGCUGACUUAGCAGAAAAUCUGACUUAGGGGAGAUGCCAAGCAGGGGUUGUCCCACUUGCACCUCACUGAACCUCUUCCCAUGCACAGAAGCUCAUCUGGCCACGGAGCAAGCCAGCACUGGGAGAGGCAGCAUUGGGAAACCAAUCCCACUGAAAAAAUGUCAGUAAUUUUCAGCUGGUUUUAACUCUGAGCCAGCUCACUUGGACAAUGCAGCUGCUGGCAGGGAAGGGCUGGAGUGGAGGCCAGCAGCAGUUCUUCCUUGCAUGGCAGCUGGCUGCUCAACUCACUCAGCUGCACCGGUGGACUACUCCCUCCAUGGGCUCUGGCUUUGCUUGUGGGUCUCCUCCCAGUCUGAGGAAAGGCUUCCAGUGGGAGCAGCUUUUUCUCACAGCCUAAUUUGCCUUGGUUUUGUGGUAGAUAGGGAAGAACAAGGCACUGGGUGUGGAACUGACUGGAUGGUAUUAGUGAGUUCCUGUGCAGAAACAGAGGUAAAUCAGGCUGGUCCAGAGCUCAUUUCUGGUAUAAAAUGGAGAAGGAUUAGGCAUGGCUCAUAACAGCAAACCUGCUCUGCUGCUACCUGGAGUUAUACUGGUUAUACCAAAGGAAGGGAUCGCCCAGGGGUCCCCUCCUCUGAGGGUUUGAAAACAGAUGGCAUGCCCUGCCCUUGUUGAAAGAGGGUGAGUACGGUAAUGCCAUCUCGUUCAGGGACAGGCAGAGGAGCCCACAUGGCUCUUCCAAGCUACUUUUGGUCGUAUCUUCUCCUCCCUGGCUGAACAGAAGUGACAACAGAAGUGACACUUCUCUGGAGCAGUGGUGUGACAGUGGAGGUGUUUUUGCACACUCCCAUGUUUCCCCUCAGGUGAAGCUGCUCCCAUCUCGGCGUGGCCCUGCACUCCCACCUGGAGCUGACCUCCUGGUUACGAUGAUGGGUGGAGUGAGCGGGGAUGUACAACACAGAUCUGUGCUGCUGUGAGGAUGUGCCCUUGUGUCACAAGAGGCUCACCAACACUGGAGCUUCCUUCAUCCCUGUCUCCAUCCUCCUCCUCUUCCUCCAACCAGCUUCUUUCCUUCCUUCAUCCCCAGACUUUAUCCUUGUGCCUUAUGGACCUGGCUGCCUUCCUGGGCAGACUCCACAUGCCGCAGUCUGCUGGAUCUCAGCUGGAAAGUGGCAGUGGAAGCUUUGCCAGUGAUCCAGAGGAGAUCAGGGCUGUAUCUGGAAAGAGCCAAAGUGCUGCUGUGAUAAAUGCUCAGUUUGUCUGAGCCCCCCAGGACCUUCUCCUUGGGCUCACUGCUUGGAGCAGGUCUCCUCCAUCCCGGUGUUCCUAAGGAGGCAUGGCUGGGAAGGAUGUACCAGUGGCCAGAGCCGGUGGAGAGCUGACCACCAAAGGAUGAGCGCACCUGAGAUCCCAAAGGGACCGAGGUCACAGUCCUCUCCCUCAGGAAUCUCUAGUCCUGAGGUAGUAUUCCUGCAGAUCUUGCAAACCAGGACAGAUCCUGAGAAUUCAUCACAAUGUGCCUUGUGCUAUUCCGUUUGGGGAUUAAUCUUGAAGGAACCUGAGGGUCAAGGGCAGCCUCUUCGCUGUCUGCUGGUCCAUGGUUGCUCUUAACUGCCAAUUCCCACUGACAGGAUUUGCUCAGUGUACAGAACAGGAGGAGAGGAUGGAGACAGGUGCUUUAAAUUUGUAUUUAUGUCUAAUUUGUGUAACGAGGCAAGGACGGGUUCCUCAUGUGCCUUGCAAUUUACAUCUUUUACUGACAAGAUUAUUUUUAAGCACUGUUUGUUACUAAACAGAAAUACAAAAGAGUUUGUAUUUUUUUUUCCUUUGGGAAACAGGGAAGGAUAUGAGUGUUCCUUAUUAACUAUCCCCUUCCCAACUCCCAUCUGCUGACUUUGUAUUGUUGAAAACAUUGACAAUAUUUUAAGCUUUGUACUGUACUGAUCUUUAUUUAA